CCGGCUCCUCUGUGGUUCAAAGCCUGCAGAAGAUGGCGUCUAGCGGGAGCCGUGUGUCUAGCGGCCGGGAUUUGAGCUCCGUUCCCGAGGUCGGAGACACGCUGGGAGCCAUAGCCAGGCUCGGGUUCGAUUUCCUGUGCAUGCCGAUCUUUCACCCUCGCUUCGGGCGGGAGUUCUGUGAUGAGCCGGCCCGGUCUCGACCCGGAGCCCACGCGCGAUCGGACUUGCUGCUGUCUGGACGAGACUGGAACACUCUGAUUGUGGGAAAACUUUCCCAUUGGAUCCAAGCAGAUUCCGAGGUGAAAACCAUCCGCAAGAAUUCGGAAGCAGCUCUAGUCCAGGAGCUGAACUUCGCUGCCUAUCUCGGUCUGCCAGCCUUCAUGAUCCCGCUGCGACAGGAAAACAAUGCAAACCUGGCCAGGAUACUGUUGAACCACAUUCACACUGGCCACCAUUCAUCCAUGUUUUGGAUCAGCGUUCCACUGAUGGCGGCAGAAGACGUGCGCGAUGACAUCAUCGAGAACGAGCCAAUCAACCGCAAGGACGACGGAACUGAAGAUGAAAGGACCUGGCUGUGGUGGCAUUCCUUUCGGACUCUGUGUGAUUACAACAAACGCACCUGUUUGGCGAUCGAGAUUGGUGCGGAUCUCCCCUCUGAAGCUGUGAUUGACAAGUGGCUGGGAGAGCCAAUCAAAGCGGCCAUCCUGCCCACCAGCAUCUUCCUGACCAAUAAGAAGGGCUUCCCAGUGCUGUCCAAGCUGCACCAGCGAAUCAUAUUCAGGCUGUUCAAGUUGGACGCUCAGUUUAUUUUCACCGGUUCGAACCGUCACUCUGAUAAGGAGUUCCGCUCCUACCUGCAGUACCUUCAGUACCUCAGUGAGAACCGCCCCGCCCCCAACUCCUAUGAGGUCUUCGCUAAGGGCUACGAGGACUACCUGCAGUCUCCACUACAGCCUCUAAUGGAUAACCUGGAGUCUCAGACAUACGAAGUCUUUGAAAAGGAUCCCAUCAAAUACUCCCAGUACCAGCAGGCAGUCUACAGAUGCCUGCUUGACAGGGUCCCAGAUGAACAGAAAGACACCAACACACAGGUGCUGAUGGUUCUGGGGGCUGGUCGGGGUCCUCUGGUCAAUGCUUCUCUCCGGGCCGCCAAGCAGGCAGAGCGACGCAUCCGAGUGUAUGCCGUGGAGAAGAACCCCAACGCUGUCAUCACGCUGGAGAACUGGCGCUUCGAGGAGUGGGGUGACCAGGUGACCGUGGUGUCAUGUGACAUGCGAGAGUGGGCAGCGCCCGAGAAGGCUGACAUCAUCGUGAGCGAACUGCUGGGGUCCUUCGGGGAUAAUGAGCUGUCUCCGGAGUGCCUGGACGGAGCGCAGCACUUUCUCAAAGCGGAUGGGGUGAGUAUCCCCUGUGAUUACACCUCGUAUCUGGCCCCCAUCUCCUCCUCCAAGCUCUACAACGAGGUGCGAAUGUGCCGGGAGAAGGACCGUGACCCCGAGGCUCAGUUUGAGAUGCCCUACGUGGUGCGGCUGCACAACUUCCACCAGCUGGCAGAGCCGCAAGCCUGCUUCACAUUCCGCCACCCCAACCCAGAUCCAGUGAUUGAUAAUAACCGGUACUGCUCUCUUCGGUUCAGUGUCCAGUGCAACACGGUGCUUCACGGUUUCGCUGGGUAUUUUGAAACCAAUCUCUACAAAGACGUCACGCUGAGUAUCCGUCCACAGACUCACUCCCCAGGCAUGUUCUCAUGGUUCCCCAUCCUCUUCCCUCUCAAACAGCCGGUCCUCCUGGCCCGCGAGUCUGAGGUGUGUGUCCGGUUCUGGAGGUGCAACAACGGCAAGAAGGUGUGGUACGAGUGGGCCGUGACCGAACCAGUCUGCUCGGCGAUACACAACCCGGCUGGGCGGUCCUACACUAUCGGGCUGUGAGACCAGAACCACGACCCAGUAACAAGAACACACCCCAUCGGACUGAGACCAGCACCACGACAAAUGACAGCAGUCACAUCGUCGAGAGGGAUCAGAUCUAGAGCCGCACAAACAGGUUAUUGGGAUGGAGUUCUCCAUAGAAAUUUGGUGAGUCAUUGUUGUCCCUCGGGCCGAUUCACCGUUCAGGUGAAACAAGUGAAGAAACAGCUACUGGGGUUUAUGAUUGAUCGCUGCUUUUCUUAGGCUCUGUGGAGAGCAGCGAUCCACACAAACCCAAGCAGCUGUUUCUAUGCUAGUUUCUCUCUGAACGGUAAGCGCCCCUCACCUGAUUUCUGUGGAGCGCUUCAUCCCAGUACCCUAAGAAUUGGUUUGUGCAGCUCCAACAGCAUCGGACUGUCAAACAGAACCACUGGCCCAAUACUAACAACACACCAUCGGACUGACAAGAAACCGAUCGGAACCACAGUUCAGCAAAACUAAACUAUUCACAAGCAUUUGGGCACUAAGACCCAUUCACUCACUCGCCGUCAAUAGAAACAGAACGGACAGCAUGACAAAACCGUAGCUCGCUCGUUCCUAAACUAGCAGGUGGUGUCCAACACUAAAACUCGGGUCAACAGGACAGACAUUUCGGUGAGCUUCUUCGGUACACUGAAGGCAGUAGAGCCCAAAUGCUCGUCUGUCUCCUCUAGUUUUGCGUUGUCAUUGAGGCUGAGUACUGAAGUUAUGCAACUGGAUUCCGAGACCAGAACCUCCAGUCCGAUCUUCUUGAACUUAGUGGUUCUGUUUGUGUAAAUUUUGAGGAGCACUUGUUUCAUGCUUAGUCCCAUUUGCUUUUUGUGUCCUGCAGCGAUUAGGCUAUGAAAGAGUUAAAAGGUUGGAGUUUAAAAUCGUAUUUGAUCAGAUCUGGGUGUUUUUCUGUUUGAGAAUGUUUUGUUGUUUUUUUUUCUAGAAAAUAAACAAUUUAAAAUAAAUAAA